AUGUUGAAGAUCCAGGACUUCGAAUUUGUAAAAGUCGUGGGAGUGGGGGCCUUUGGCAAGGUGCAUCUGGUGAGGCUCAAGAGCAGUCCCACGUCCGUGUUUGCAAUGAAAAUGCUCGACUUCGGAGAGAUUCUCAGGCAAAGGCUGGCGGAUCAGCUUGAAAACGAGAUCUCCAUUCUGAAGCGGAUCUAUGGGUGCCCGUUCGUUGCAAAGCUGUACUCGACAGACUUCCACGGUGGAAAGGUGGGACUGAUUAUGGAGUAUGUCGGAGGAGGAGAGUUGUUUUACUGGCUCAAAAAGUGCGGAAGAUUUGAUGAGCAGAUGGCCCGGUUUUAUGCAGCAGAGAUCAUUUCCGCCUUGCGAUUCAUACAUGGAAGGGGCAUUCUAUACAGAGAUCUGAAGCCCGAGAACAUACUGAUCACAUCCACAGGACACAUAAAGCUGAUUGACUUUGGGUUUUCUGUCUACGAAAGCGAAAACAUAUACAUGAUUUCAGGGACUCCAGAAUAUAUGUCUCCAGAAAAGCUGAGGAGCGAGGAUGACGGGCGUGCAAGCGACUAUUGGGGACUGGGGGUUAUGAUCUACGAGAUGCUGUGUGGAGACCCUCCGUUCUAUGACUCAAGUGCAGAUGCGAUUUACCACAAGAUACUGGAGUCCAAUGUUGUGUUUCCCCACUAUGUAAGCCCGGUUGCAAGGUGUCUAAUAACAGGGCUGUUAGACAAGAACAGGGCUACCAGGCUGGGGACCAAAGGAAUAUGCGAGAUAAUGGGGCAUCCUUUCUUCAAGGGGAUAGACUGGCACGAGGUUGAGAGCAGGAGGAUUGAGCCCCCGUUCAUUCCCAAUCCAAACACUGUUCUUAGUUCUUUGGCUAGCAGCGGUGAACUCAAAGGCACGGAUGAUGCAGAGACGGUUGUUUUAAAGCCGUACAAGCAUAUUAAGCAUCUGUACAAGGUCUCGAAGGGACUGUAA